UGGAAAGAGAAAGAAAGGGGGAACGAAUGACAGAAAGCUGGAGUGGAGUGAAACACAGACUUUGCAAUGAGAGCUCGGAAAAGUGUGCAAGGGUAGAAAAAAAAAUAACAGAGGGAAUAGGUGGUAAUGCCAGAGGGACUGCAGACUGUAGACCGUCUAGAAGUCAAGCAGGUUCAGAAGCGGAAACUUCUCCACAGCUGAAGUGGUUAUUCUGGGCGCAGGCCAAGUUGAUCGUUUGGCUCCUUUGAUCCAUGCGGCCUGAAUAGGCUGGACAGGUGCUCAGCUUCAGUACUGAUCUACACCUCCUGCAGCUAUGGAGAAACAGCUGGAAAAGCUGAAGCAGCAGCUGGAAAAACAAUGUCAGAUCAACCAGGAACUGCAGAGGCAAAAUAAGGACCUGGAGCAACGGCUGAAAGACAAAGAAAAACUUUUGCAGGAGCUGCAGACCCAGUACCAUGAUCUUGAGUUUCCCUCCCAGACUGCUAAUGAAGCAGAGCCUGAAUUCAGGACGAGUCGAGCCGCUGUUAUGGCCCCUGAACCAAUUCCAGAGAACCUGGAAAUUUCACGCAACAUGGUUAAGAAGACUGCCAGUGAGACAAGUCUUAUUGUUAAAGCCAUCCAGAAGAACGAUUUCCUGAGCCGCCUGGACGAUGAGCAAAUAACCAUGAUGGUGGAUCUCUUAAUGUCAUCGCACUACAAACCUAGCGAAGAAGUCAUUACGGAGGGAUCAGAAGGAGACAGAAUGUACAUAGUGGCAGCUGGUGAACUCAUCGUGACUCAGUCAGGUCGGGACCUGAGGACUCUGACAAAAGGAGAUGUUUUCGGAGAGUUAGCCAUCCUCUACAACUGCAAACGGACAGCGACAGUCAAAGCUAAGACACAUGUGCAUCUGUGGUGCAUGGAGCGACAGACGUACAGAACGAUUAUAACUAACAAGUCCAAGAAGAAACGAGAGCAGCUCAUGGGUUUCCUCAAGACGUCUCGUACUCUCAAGGAUCUGAAUGACGCGCAGUUGUCCAAAAUUAUCGACUCCAUGGAGGAGGUUAAGUUUCAGGACAACGAGGUUAUAGUUCGAGAAGGAACAGAAGGAAACACUUUCUACAUCAUCCUCAAAGGAGAGGUCGUGGUGAGCAAGAAUGUGAAUGGACACCAGAAGCAGAUUCGCAGGAUGGGAAAGGGGGAGCACUUCGGGGAGCAGGCCCUCAUACGAGAGAUCUUGAGAACUGCCACCUGCACUGCUGAUGGCCCUGUUACAUGCUUCUCUAUUGACAAGGAGGUUUUUGAAGAAACAAUCCCAGUAGAGCACCUCGAGCUGUUUGAUGACUCCAAAGUGAUGCAAGAGGAGCAAGGUCCAGAACAGCCAGGUCCGAGCUCCAGUCUGAAGUUUAAGGAUCUGGUUCCUGUUUUAUAUCAGGAAGGACGCUAUCAAGGAGAUCCCGUCACACUUGGAGUUGGAGGAUUUGGUCGUGUGCAGCUGAUGACCACACUGACUUAUGGGAAAUACUACGCCAUGAAGCGAGUCAGCAAGAAGCAAAUUGUUUCCAAGAGACAGGAGGAACACAUGUUGUUUGAGAAGAACAUCCUGAAAGCGAUCCAGUGUGACUUCAUUGUGAAACUUCAUGCCGCAUUUAAAGAUGCAAGGUACAUCUACAUGGUGAUGGAGUUCUGUGGUGGUGGUGAGAUCUGGACCAAGCUCAAAGAAGUAGGGCGAUUUGAUGAACCGGUUGCUGUGUUUUGCACUGCCUGCGUGGUGGAGGCCUACUCUUACCUCCACAAGAAGAGCAUCAUGUACAGAGACCUUAAGCCUGAGAACCUGAUGCUGGACAUGAAAGGCUAUAUCAAACUGGUUGACUUUGGUUUUGCAAAGGAACUGGUGCGUGGUGAGAAAACCUACUCCUUUGUGGGUACGCCUGAGUACAUGGCUCCAGAGAUCAUCAAGAACCAGGGUCAUGACUUUGCAGUUGACUUUUGGUCACUUGGCAUUCUGAUCUUCGAACUUUUGGUGGGAAGUCCUCCAUUUUCAAGCUCGGAGCCUCAGAAGAUUUAUUCCAAAAUUUUGGAUGGAGAACUCAAGUUUCCACUUUACCUGAGUGAAGCAGCAAAGUCAAUCAUCAGCAAACUGUGCAGACCUCGGCCAGGUCAGAGGUUAGGAAAUGCCAAGAAUGGAAUCAAAGAUGUCCGGCAUCACAGGUGGUACAGCAGCAUGAACUGGCACAAGCUGCGUAUGGGUCAGCUCGACGCUCCAACCAUACGACUCAUCCGCAAGGGUCCCUGCUACAUCAACUUUGAUAAAUUUCCUCAGGACCACUCGGUGGCAGAAGAGGAGUUUUCUGGGUGGGACCGUGACUUCUAAUUCUCACGUUUAGGUUGAAGAAUCGAAUGGUGGGCGGUUUGUCCUUAUCAUCCCAAAAAGGACCCUAAUUAAAGACACUGACCGUAGUUUAUUCAGCCUCUAAAGGGGCCAAAAGAAGAUUAAUGCUACUGGGUACUGACAUAUCACACAACACAUUUCUUACCAAAUUUUCACACCAAUUACACUGAAGCUCCAGGGAAUCACUGUGACAAUAUGUGCGGAAGCUCCUCUGUUGCAGUGAGCUUCAGCUCACACACAAAUGUACCUCUGCAGACGAGGAGAAGGUGUAGAGGCAAAAUGGUAGGACUCUGUGUAUUCAUAUUCAGCGCAAAGAUAUUUGGUAGCUGAUGAGUAAGUGUUAAAUUCAUGAGACACCUUGCAGCGAUUAAGAAUACUGACCAGGUGAUCAAAUGCUUCCGAUGUAAAGGAAAAAUUUCCAUUAAAAGUCUUUUCUCACUUUUAAUUUUGCAGGACAAGAAAAUGAAUAUACAUGUCAUAUGUUGUGUUCAAAAACAAUAACAGGAUCAAUCCCUGUUUUGUGUACAAAUUAUAUUUCUAUAUGGCAGAUAAUUUAUUAGUAGGUGCAAAAGCCCUAUAACAGGACCAAUAGACCGAACAGUUUUAACUCGCAUCCUUUAUUAAAGGAUAAAUGGUACCAGUUUUGUACAGUAAAUAUUAGUCAUUGUGUGUUCUGAGUGAAACCUGUUCUUAAAAUUGUUCUGAACAACAGGGUACUUGUGAUGUUGAUCAGAGAGAGCUCAACAUAUUAAGAAAUGCAGAAAACCAUCCGCAGUUAAAAAUGUUCAAAAUGACUUCAAACAGAAACUAAAACAAGGAAGAUGAGGAAGAAAACCGAAAAUUAUAAUUCAAGAAUAACCAGAUGUAUCUGCUUUAGGGUGACCAAAGAAAGUCAUCUUUCUUAAAAAAAUAUAGCAUCUUAUUUAUCAUCUUUUUUUAAAAAAAAAUUCCCAUCAGGAUUCCCUUUUAAUAUAUCACAAUACUUGAAGAGGUAAUUUUAUUUUAUCCAGAAGAGGAAGUACCAUCACUUCAGUGAGCAAGCAGCAUCUUGGAUCCAGACCAACAAGAUUAACAUAAUGAAGCUGCCAGCCCAAUUCCAGAACCUUAGUCCUAGAGAAAGCUUUUGGGUUGAAACAAGCUAUUUCUGAGGCAAAAUCAAUGAUGAGGAAAUUAAUUACAAAGCCUCUUCACAGGUUGAGGAAGUUUACUGUUUGUAAAAAAAAAAAAAUAAUAAUCACCUGUUGCUGACUUAUUCAUUCAUGUUUUUAUUGAAGUGUUUAAACACAUCUUGAUGAUAAACUAAAUGACUUUGGUUCUUGAAUCCCAUGUGUUUGAAUUUUGUCACUGUCGACCCUGAAGUGUGAAACUCUUCUCAUGUUUUCCUUUUUUACGUCGUGACCAAAUCUCCUUCCCAACCCAGAGAGGGCAGGUAAAGUAUUUACAGAUUAGAUGUGUGAUUAGUUACGAGCAACGCUUCAGGGAAACAUUGUUGUUGCUGUUAGCAGGAAGGAAAAUGGCCUGACGUUAUCAGGGAGGGAAAAUAGCCUGCGAGGGGGGCUUACCUCGUAUUUUUCACAAUAGCUGCAGCUGAUUGUUUGGCUCUGAAGGUGAGCAGCUGUCCAGCAUGGCAGCAGGUUUUAAAUUUGUAGGGAAGAGUUGUCCUGUUCCCUCCCUUUAAUGCAUGUUGUGAGCCUGCUGAGAGUACUUUUCCAUAUUAGAGAGAAGAAACUUCACAUGAAAGUAAACAUAGCUUCUAGUGGGAAAAGACACAUCAGCAGAUGUUUCCUUCCUGCAAAAACACCCCACACACAACACAUUUAGAGGUGGAAGUUAAUACAUGGAGAGCAAUGAAAGAAAGGACCCAAAGGAAGCAUAUUUUGGUGCAGAUGUCUUUGCUGUGUCAAAUGUGAUUUUUUUAUUUAUUUUGCAUGUAGGUUCAAGACUUAUUUUGAGAUAUAUCAGUUUGAUUCUUUCUUUUAUGUUUAUGAAAAAAAUCCAAAAACAAUGCACUAAGUCAAUCUGUAUUAUGCAAAACUACCCACUGACUUCAGCCAUCUGUUCCUGCUAAUCAGAACCAAUCUGCUCUAUGUUUACUGAAGUUAAACAGCCUCCGCCUCACUGGUUUAGAGCUAGAGCUGUGUGAAAAAGUCUUUAAAUAAAUUCUACUUUUGUUAAGUUAGCAAAAUCUCUCACCCCAAAAAAUUAAUACAACUUUGAUUUUAGAAAUUUGUAGAGACAAAGUAUGAUGUUAUGAAAUAUUAUUUUUCCAUAGGCUUUAACUGUAAAAGUUGAGACAGUCAAAAACCACUUUUAUGCUAAAUCAUAUAUUUUGGAUCAUUAUUCUGUUGAAAGAUAUAAUGUCUGACAAGUUUUAUUGAAAAUCUGUAGUAAUACUCAGAGUUCACAAUGUCAUCCACAUUAAACAGGUUAUAAAGGCUUGCAGACCCACAGUAUUAAAGGUCCUCUACCAUC